ACCAAAUAUCCGGAUAUCCUUGGCAGCGCGAAAGUCAACAAUCAAGAUGGGCAAGGCAUGUCGGGACAUGGCAGAAGCUCUGCGCGACUGCAUGUGUGAGAAGGAGUGCAUGAGCGAUGGCACCAAGACGCUGAAGGAGUGCUUACGAGCGAAGGAGUUCCGACAUGAGUGCAAGGAGUACCGCCUCGCAUACUUUGAGUGCAAGCGAGGACAGGUUGACAUGCGGCAACGAAUUCGUGGCCCCAAAGGGGGCGCCACGGCCAUAUAGUAGCUCCAUUGAGACCUUAACGCGAUUUCGUCUACCCUCGUUCGACGUUUGCGUCGUUGACUUCUAUUGCGUACAGGUCGCAUUUGGUUCGAUCCUGAGAUAUGCUUGGGGUGCCCGUGUC